AUGUAUUCCAUCCUGAUAAGGUUUAUGAUGUACAAAGUACCCAGAUCUACCCACAGCAUGUCAAUCAAAACAACAGGGGAGGAGUUCUACUAUUUAGACUCGGACCGACCUGUCUUUUCCUUUAACAAUGUCAGCAUACAGAAAGAACCUGGAAACCCAUUGUUCAAAACUCUUCAACAGAUUUAUGGCGGAAAAUCACGGGAGUAUUCCAUGUACAAUGAUCAUCCACCUACCCUGGAAACUCUACCAUCACGUGACCGUAAAAUUUUGCGGUUGGAAAACCACACGAUGUCAUCCCAAUUGACAAACUAUGCUCAUAUGAAAGGUGCUUAUGCCUUUGAUGACGACACUGGAUUUUGGUUAAUUUCGAGCGUUCCCGAAUUCCCAGCUCCCCGGAAACAAGGUUACAGAUAUGAAUUGAAACAGAUAGUCAAAGGACAGUCAAUCUUGUGUGUCACGGUACCCAGAAAGAAUUUACCGGAAAUGGAAAGAGUGUUCAAUCUCACCAAGCCUAAGUUUUAUGAUGGUAAUGGACCCACGAUGAAGACUUCAGAUCAACACAACACCACAUCUCCUAUCGACAUUCCUUUCAUAUCUAAAGGAGGACAAAAAUUUCGACUAUUUGCCAAAUCUGCCUCCUUUGGAAAGGAUCUGUACGAUUCUCUGGUGGCUGUUAAUCUGCGAGACGAUCUGUUUGUAGAAACUUGGUAUCCUAAUCUCCCAUCCAACUGUUCUACUACAUACAAGGUUCAGAAUGUGAAGACAGUGGGGUUUGAUAAUGGAUACAGUUUUCCGGCUACCAUAGAUCAUGCUAAGUGGGCGGUAACCGAGAGGAGUCCCUGGAUUUGUAUAGGCGAUAUCAACAGGGCCGUAUCUCAGUUUAAAAAAGGUGGAGGAGCAAUGUGUUUAUUUAGUGGGAGUGUAUCCAAUCAGUUUAGAAAACUCGUCAAAGACUACCAUAAAUGUGACUGAAGAGAAGGAUUUUCUCCAAGAUACAUUACAACGUGGCCAGAGGAAGGAAAACCAAGCACCAGUCACGUGAUAAUCCUUCAUCUAGUAUACUGUGACUUUUGAGAACUUUGUAGUUUGAAGUCAACUUGUUUGAAGAUCAUACAAAAUUUUAGAUACUAUCAGAACCUGUUCUUUUCAUGUUAAACAUUUCACUAGUAUCUGAAAAUCAAUACCAUAACUGCAUCAAUCAAUGAAAAAGUCGUUGACAAUCGCAUUGCAGAUGGGAGGGAGAUGAAAUCCAUCAAUCUUUAGGUCAAAGUUCAAGAAAUAUCAAUGAUGUUUGGCUAUGGUGCCUACUGAAUGGAGCACUGUAGCGGGGUGAUGUCCCGCUUGACGAUGUCCUUGUGUUUUCUUUUCAAUUUGCAUUUGGCUUUCUAACAGAAACAAACAUUUCUAGUGUCUGGAGUCCCUUUCUCCCUCCUCCUUCGUAUCCUACUUAGAUGUCAGACAUAUUGAAAAUACUGGAGUGGUUGGUACAGAGUUACAGAAGGAAAUCUCCUUAAUUCGAGAUAUUCAUAGCAACUUCAAGAUUUCAAUUUCCGCGAACACGUCAAUUGGAACAUCGUUUGACUUUUUUUGUCAAAUCGAGAGAAAAAAAACCCACUUGGAUAUAGGUCUCAGAAUAUACACCAGAUGUGACUACGCGGGACAAAUGGGACUGAAACAAAAAGCUAAUUGCUCUCAUUUUGAACAAUUCUUUUUUGUAGUAAAUAUCUUAAUGAGGUGUGUUUUUAUAUAAGAUAGCUACUUCAAUUUUACACAUGGUAUAAUAUGUAAACAACAGAUGACGACUUUCGAAAACUGCGCUGUUUAGAUUUUACUACAAGAGAAGUGAGUGUCAAAUUAAUAUGAAGACUUACUUCGUAAUCCUCUUCGUCCCUGACACGGGGCCUCCACAACAGUUCGCCAUGUAUUUCUGUUGUUUAGCCUUGCCCAAGGACAUCUGGAUAUAUCUCAACUCUGGUAUAAGGUUCGUCUCCCUGUUGUUGUUGGAUGCCCUCUUCUUCGUUUGUCCUGAAGGCUCCAUGCACUUCAUGGCGUGGUUCACGAUGUUACUUUCUGAUCUUGUAUGUUCAAUCCAACGCCAUAUGGAUCAUUGAUUGGUUCUUCGCCAUAGGUCUGAGUUUGAAAUUUUUUUCAGGCUACCUUAAGCUGAGGAUUUGGCAGAGACACUUGGUUGGUUGGUCGUAUAUUGUAUGAAGUUAGCUCCUGGGCUUUUGAGCACAACUGCGCAGGAUGCUACAACUAAGUAUUUACUGGUUUAAUACGUGUCCCAUUAGUGGGAAAAUAUGACAUAUCUAUUACUGAACCCUAUCCAGUUGAAAAAAAUUGUGUCAAUUGAAAUUUUAAAAGGGUUUUGCAGGGACUAUAUUUUGUGGCGGAAGGAUUGAUUAAUCAAAAAGUUCUUAAUCCCCGUGAUAUUACAGUUUCUGUUUCAUCCAAUAUAUCUU